AUGCCCAAGUAUGUCAAAUUCAUGAAGGACAUUCUCUCCAAAAAGAGAGGAAUAACCGAAUAUGAAACUGUGAAGAUGACACAAGAAAGCUGCCAAUACUUGGGCAAACUCCCACCUAAGCUACGGGAUCCAGGAAGUUUCACCAUACCUUGUACAAUAGGGAACACGUACCAAAGUAAAGCCUUGUGUGACUUAGGGGCACGCAUCAACCUUAUGCCCUCCUCAGUUUUUAAACAAUUGGCCACAGGACCAGCAAAACCAACCACUGUAACCUUACAGAUGGCAGAUAGAUCCAUUGUCAAACCAGAAGGAAAGGUGGAAAAUCUACUAGUCAAGGUAGAUAAAUUUAUCUUUCCUGCUGACUUCAUCAUUUUGGACUAUGAAGCAGAUAUAGACGUUCCCAUCAUCCUGGGACGACCGUUCCUAGCAACCGAAGGAGCGGUCAUCAAUGUACAAAAAGAGGAACUUACCAUGCGAGUACAUGAUGAUGAAGUUAAAUUCAAUGUCAUCAAAGCAAUGAAAUUUUAUGAUGAGGAUGAAGAUCUGGAAGAAUGCUCUGCAAUCACAUUAUCAGAUAACUAG